UUCAACCUCUGUUUGUCCAUAGGCGACCUAAAUCCACCGAAGCUCCGGACCUGCUGCAUCAGUUCUCCGCAGUCUUAGAGCAGUUUGAGAAGCUAUUCUCCACUGUGAUAUUCUUUUUUGACGAACUGACGGGUAUUGUAAGCCAUUCAUGGGGGAAAGCAUUGGACUUUUAAAAGUCAUCAUUGUCGAAGGGAAGAGGCUGGCUAUUCGAGAUUUUAUUAGUAGUGAUCCUUACGUUAUUGUCAGAGUUGGAGAACUGAUGGAAAAGACCAAAGUGAUUAAACGCAGUCUAAAUCCUGUGUGGAAUGAAGAGUUAACAUUCUCUAUAAAAGGACCUGUUACUGACCUUAAGCUGGAGGUUUUUGAUCACGACCGGUUCAAGUUUGAUGAUAAGAUGGGGCAUGCCUACCUAAGCCUCCAGCCAAUUAUGUCAGCUUCAAAGCUGAAGAGAGCACUGAAGCUUUCAACGGGUGAAAGUGAAACCAACCUCAGAAAGGUAGCUCCUAAUAGAGACAACUGCCUCAUUGUAGAUAGCUCUGUGACUUAUGUGAAUGGAGAGAUUGUGCAAGAUGUUUAUCUGAAACUACAAGAUGUUGAGUCUGGUGAAUUAUUUGUAAAGCUGAAAUGGUUUGACCUUUCCACAUAAUAAAUAUCAGUUUGUUGAAUUGUACCAAUUUAGCUUCUUCUGAUUUGUAAAAAUAACACAAUGUCAUUAUUCAAAUUAAUUUGAAACAAUUAGUAAUUGUUU